AUGGUGAUUAGAGGCCCUCUCAUUCUCUUUCUCUUUGUCCAGCUGGUGGCUUCCGGUGGCGUUGCCACUCCCAAUUAUGUUAAUCGUAGCAGUUUUCCGGCGGGAUUCCUAUUUGGCACAGCUUCAUCUUCUUACCAGUAUGAAGGCGCAGCAAAUGAAGGUGGUAGAGGACCAAGUAUAUGGGACACUUUCACUCAGAGAUACCCAGAUAAGAUAAAGGACCAUACUAGUGGGGUGCUUGCCGAUGAUUCAUAUCAUCGUUACAAGGAAGAUGUGGGUAUAAUGAAGGACAUCGGAUUUGAUGCUUACAGAUUCUCUAUCUCUUGGUCCAGGCUAUUACCCAGUGGAAAAUUGAGUGGGGGAGUGAACCCUGAAGGAAUUACAUAUUACAACAAUCUCAUUAACGAGCUUCUAUCCAAUGGAUUGAAGCCAUUUGUGACUCUUUUCCACUGGGACCUUCCACAAGCACUUGAUGAUGCCUAUGGAGGUUUUCUGAAUCCCCAAAUUGUGAAUGACUUCAUAGAAUAUUCUGAGCUAUGCUACAGAGAAUUUGGUGAUAGAGUGAAGCAUUGGAUCACCUUAAAUGAGCCACUCACCUUCACUAGCUUGGGGUAUGCAUAUGGUUCAUUUCCACCAGCCAGGUGCUCAAAGUGGUUGCCCUUAAGCUGCGCUGGGGGUGAUUCGGGGACUGAACCCUAUGUGGUUGCACACCACCAGAUUCUUGCUCAUGCAGCUGCAGUCAACGUCUAUAGGGACAAAUACCAGCCAUCUCAGAAGGGAGAAAUUGGGAUUGCACUAAAUUCACCAUGGAUCGUGCCAUUAACCCGGUCAACUGCAGACAAUGAUGCAGCAUCUCGAGGACUUGCUUUCAGCUAUGGCUGGUUUAUGGAACCUCUAAAAUCUGGAUCCUACCCAGCAGAAAUGGUUACCCAUAUAGGAGAACGUCUGCCACAAUUUUCGAGGGAGCAAUCUUCAAUGGUUAAAGGAUCUUUUGAUUUCAUUGGGAUAAACUACUACACUGCAAAUUACGCUUCAAAUGUUCGUUGCCAAACUCAACAGCUUAGCUACCUCACAGAUUCAUGCCUAAGAUUUACAAGUGAGCGAAAUGGGAUUCCCAUCGGUCCAAAGGCUGCUUCGGAUUGGCUUUUUAUGUAUCCACAAGGAAUUCAAGAUCUUUUGCUCUACACCAAAAAUAAAUUCAACAACCCAGCCAUCUACAUAACUGAAAACGGAGUCGAUGAGCUUAAUAAUGGUAAAGUCUCUCUUGAAGACAACAUGAGAAUUGACUACUACAAUACCCAUCUUUCAUUUGUUCAAAGUGCCAUAAUGAAUGGAGUGAAUGUGAAGGGAUACUUUGCAUGGUCAUUAUUGGAUAACUUCGAAUGGGGCGAUGGAUACACCGUUCGGUUUGGGAUGGUGCAUGUAGAUUAUGAGGACGGGUUAAAAAGAUACCCUAAAAACUCAGCCAAGUGGUUCAAGAAGUUUCUAAAUCCAACGAAACAUAUAAAAUAA